AUGUCGACUGAUUACCUCGACCAGAUCUUAGCGCCUCUUACGCCGGAGCAGCGAGAGGCGUAUCUGAAUCGCCCGGCUCUCGACCCUCCGCCUGGCUUGGAGUCGAACUUAGACGAUCCGCCGAAUCAAAAUACUAUGAUAUAUGGUGUCUUCGCAUUUUACUUGUUGAUGGCUACAGUAGCAGUGGCGUUACGAGUAUAUUGCAAGUUUGUCGUUGCUCGGAAGAUACAGUUAGAAGAUUGUCUUCAGUUGACCACAACCACUGGAAUGUACGUGCACCAAUGGGACAUACGCGUGGGGGAUCUACCCGUGGUCUACUAUGCUGUCAACGUUGCCUCGAGCGUAUAUGCAGCAUCUAUGGGCUGCUUGAAAGUCGCCAUUCUUACAGACUGGAUACGGACGUUCUCUCCACGAGGAGCGCGUGGUGCUUUCUUCUGGGCUUGCCAGGCUCUGAUGUGGAUAAACAUCAUAUUCUAUUGCGCGGCCUUGAUCGUAGGAAAUCUCACUUGUAAACCGUAUGCGCGAAUUUGGGACAAGGCAAUCCCGGGAACCUGCAUGAACAGGAAAGAUCUAGAUGUCUCCAACGCUAUCCUCAACAUCAUUUCACAUGUUGCGGUUUUGAUCCUUCCACACGCUGUUAUAUGGAAGCUUAAUAUGCAGUGGAAAACUAAAGUGGGGGUUUCGCUGGUCUUCGCGGUCGGUCUAUUUGUUUGCGUUGCCGCCUCGCUCCGUCUGGUUGCAACCAUCAGGUACAGCCGGACGACAGAUACUACAUAUUGGGUAUGUGAUAUGGCGUUUUGGUGUGCUACAGAGCUAGCUUUCGUGGUGCUCGUGUUCUGUGUUCCCGCAUUCCCCAAGGUCCUCCGAGAGACGAAGGUCUACAGCAGACUCCUGGAUUCUUGGAGAUCAUGGUCUGUUCGACGAUCAAGAAAUCACGAUACGUCGAAACGAACUGCAUCGGAGACAGAACUUACAGGAUAUGAAAGAAUCGGCGAUAAUGUCAUAAGUAUGCAUGAUGCGCCUCACAACAAGGCUGGAGGAAUACAGCCACACGAGUAUACUCUCCAACCAAUCGCACACCCGGAGCGUAUCCUUCGUACUACCCGGUUCGAGACCACCGAGGAAUAUCGAGACGGAUCAAGCACCUCCAAGGCAAACGAGUACAGUAUCCCAUGGACCAAUUAA